GCCUCUUGUAAAAACGGUGAAACCCUUUUGUUAACCCCCGAAAUUUCGAAACCCUCCUGUGCGGCUGCGCCCUUUUUCUUUUCCUCAGUCCUCACUUCUCACCCGACUCUGCAUAUCGCCCGCCGCUCGUUCCCCAAGGGCUUCUCGUUCUUCUUACCGCUCAGUGGCUUCUUGGAGCACUCCGACUGCUAGGACUUGUAGGAUUUUACUGCUUGGGAAUCGAACCGGCGAAGAAGAUGCUGAGGCGAAACAUCCGUCUAAGGAGAGAGUACCUCUAUAGGAAGAGCUUGGAAGGAAAAGAGAGGCUGCUCUACGAGAAGAAGCGGAAGAUCAGAGAAGCCCUUGAAGAAGGAAAGCCAAUUCCAACAGAGCUUCGAAAUGAAGAAGCAGCAUUACGUCAGGAAAUUGAUCUUGAGGAUGAACAGACGGCAGUGCCAAGAAGUCACAUUGAUGAUGAAUAUGCUAAUGCCGCUGAAAGGGAUCCAAAGAUUUUACUGACAACAUCUCGUGAUCCUAGUAGCCGUCUUGUACAGUUUGUGAAGGAACUUAAAUUCAUUUUUCCUAAUGCACAGAGAAUAAAUCGUGGCAAUCAGGUUAUAUCAGAAAUUGUUGAGACUUGUCGCACAUAUGAUUUUACAGAUAUCAUCAUGGUGCAUGAACAUCGUGGUGAACCUGAUGGCUUGGUUGUAUGUCAUCUGCCUUUUGGUCCUACUGCAUAUUUUGGAUUGCUCAACGUGGUAACGAGACAUGACAUUAAAGACAAGAAAUCUGUCGGAACAAUGUCUGAGGCCUUUCCCCAUCUGAUUCUUCAUAAUUUUUCAACUAAGCUUGGUCAGAGAACUGCGAACAUUUUGAAGCACUUGUUUCCCGUUCCUAAACCAGAUGCCAAGCGCAUUAUUACGUUUGCCAACCAAUCUGAUUAUAUUUCCUUCAGGCAUCACACCUAUGAAAAAACUGGUGGUCCAAAGUCGAUUGACCUGAAGGAAGUUGGACCUCGUUUUGAGCUACGUCUUUAUCAGGUCAAGUUGGGAACCGUUGAUCAAAGUGAAGCCCAAAAUGAGUGGGUUAUCAGGCCCUAUAUGAAUACUGCUAAGAAGCAGAAAAUUCUUGGAUAGCUGCUGCAUCAGAUUUUGAUAAAUGGCGUUUGGUUUUAGGCUAAGUUAUUCUUUGUAUCCUUGGUUCCUGUAUUAUAAUGUAACCCAGCAUGCAUGAACGCUCACCAGGUACCACAAUGGAGAUUGUUCAUUUUUGUUAUUAGCUGGACUGCGCAUGAUUAUCGAAAAAAAGGGGCUCCUAGCAAAAGAUUUCACUGCUUAA